AUGCAUUAGAAACUGGAAAACUAUGCGCGAUAUUUCUCAGUGGCCGAAUAGAUUUUUUUUAGUUGUUUCACAGAGAUAAGAAGUCCGGCGCCUACAGUCUCCAGUCUGACCGUGAGCGUGGCUAUAUUACCCUCCACCUGCGCUGAGCUAUUUCAGAGUUUUGCACUUGGUACGCCUGUGCGCGCAUAACUUUUUAAAGAAAGCAAAGACUUCCAUAUUUUUUGGCACUUUGGAACAAGACGGGGCAUAGAGUGCGUCAGACUUCAAGCGUUGGAAUCAACAAGUGAUUCCAAUUUACGGGUAAAGGAGAGAGCUUCUCAAAGCUCGCAGUUAUUGCAAACGUUAAUGGAAAGCUUUAGAUAACUUUUGAAGUACAUCAUUUUUCGCUUAAGCCACUAGAAGGCGAAGAGGACAUUUACUCAUUUUUAACCUAGCAUCAUUCUCAGCAACAUGAGAGGACCGGUGUUUUUCCACAUGUGGACGGUUCUAAUUUUGGGAACUUUAACAGGAGUCGUGAGGGCUCAGGUCUCUACGACCAAAGUAAUGAGGGGCAACAACAGAAGAGACGACUUGUACCGCAAGGAGGAAAACAUCACAGUAACGCCACAGGGUGGAGUCAUCCACAGCCCACGCUACCCCAACGCUUACCCUCGCAACCUGCUGUUGUCAUGGAAACUGCUGUCACCACCAGGGAGCCGCAUACACCUGGAGUUUGACGGACACUUUGGACUGGAGGAGGCUGAGAAUGGAAUGUGCAGGUAUGACUUUGUUGAAGUGGAGGACCAAUCAGAGACCAGCACUAUAAUUUGGGGUCGGUGGUGCGGGCAGAAGGCACCACCCAGUCUAAACUCGAAAACCAACAAGCUCAAAGUCACCUUCAAGUCUGAUGAUUACUUUGUUGCAAGGCCAGGAUUUAAAAUCUACUACUCACCACUGUAUGAGUCUCCUUUGCCUGCAUCGAACACCAACUGGGAGGCUGUCACCGUGCCCAUGUCGGACAGUGGUGGCGGGAAGGUGUCAGCGGCGGUCACAGAGCAGGCACCUUUUUCACUCGAUGAUUUAGACAGAACCAUAGCUGCCUUUGACACUGUGGAGCAGCUUCUCAGAUCCCUCAACCCAAACACAUGGAGACAGGACCUGGACAGCAUCUACACUCAAACACACAUACAUUAUAGAUCCAGGGCCUAUCACCUGGCAGGCAGACAUAAUAAAGUUGAUCUGAACCGGCUUCACAACGAUGUCAAGUGGUACAGCUGUACUCCUCGCAACUACUCUGUGAACUUGCGAGAAGAACUGAAGACCACCAACGCCGUCUUUUUCCCUCGAUGUCUGCUGGUGAAACGCUGCGGGGGCAACUGUGGCUGUGGUACUACUAACUGGAAUAAUGGUUGUACCUGUCAGGCCUCCAAAACAACGCUCAAACUGCACGAGGUGCUGAAGUACGCUCCAGACCCCAUUCGGUAUCAGCGCCAUCAGAGUCCAAAGGUUCGCUGGGUCAUUGAUGAAAUUUUCCUCUCACAUCAUGAACAGUGUGAGUGCGCGUGUCCCUCCCAGCCCCCUCGCUGAGGUGGGCACAUCUGGAACUGUUAGACGAGUUGUCCUUUCUAUCUAUUUUGCAAUGGACUUCAUAUAAUAAUAGCACCGCUGACAAACAUGCAGCAAAGAAGAAGGUAACAAUUGACUUGUAAACUGCAGCUAGCGUCAUGACUUACCUUUCCUCUGUCUAUGGGCCAAACCUGUAAAUCCUGUAAACACAACUCCCAUCCCAAUGUUUGCUAUUUACCAUUCCUGCAACUUGGUAUUUCUGUCUUCACUGUUCGUGCUGCAUUUAAACAUUACAUGUAUGGUAUGAGUGUUCACGUCUUCCAAAGAAAUCCCCAUUAAACUCAAUCCAAUUUCUUUCCUCCCAAAUUUUAAAACGUCAUUGUUGUAAACUUAAAUUUACAUUUUGAAGAAAGGAUUUUAAGGGAGGCCAGCCUGAUUGAACUGAACCUGAAUUUUUCUCUAAGGCCUAGAAAAGAAGUCUUUUACUUUUAUUUCACAUGUUUUAUUGCAUUUUUUGUUUUAAAUAAGACUGUUUCUAGAAACUUCAGGGAACUGCCAGGAGCAUGCUGAGAUGAGUGAGUGUGAAACAGAAGGGGGGGGGGAUGGGUUGAAGGAAGUUUACACAAAAAUAACACUUUAUCUUGAUAUGAACUACAACCUCCAGGCUAACUACAGCCCUCCACAUUAACACAUUUACAUGCACACACAUCCACUCCAGGCUUCCAAAACCCAAAAAACUGUAGUUAUUUAUACAGGAUCCUGAGGCUUCUUCUACUUUGUCUGGAUAUCACGCUCCUCGUUAUCUGUCCGUCCAUCCACACAGCUCAUGCGUCUUUCUUUUCUUUCUCUCUCGCUGCCUCCGAGUCGAACACAUCAAAGAAAAUGUCAGAUCCGGCUCCUGCCCCGUGCCCAAUUUUCCAAGCAUUCCUGGCAUUCCAGCUGCUAAGCGGAAUUCUGCUAACGCGGAUAAAACCGCGACACUUAGACCCUGAACGCACAGCAGAGGAAAGAGAGAGGGAAACAGGAAGUUUAUAGGAGAGGAGGCUGAUGGAAAAGGGGAAAUCGAGCCUUCUAUUUGUAGAUCACCAGCACGUCGGGAUAAGAGGAGCGCCAUGCUUUUAUGAUAGAUUCAAAUUUUUUCUUGUAUUUUCUAAAUGCUCGUGUGUGUCACAGUCUCACACGCUGCCCUGUAAGUUUGCAGAGAUCUGUGGGAAUUACCGUGAGCGAUGUUCUUGAUCUCUGCUCAUAACACAAGCAGCACUUGAGUGUGUGUAUGCGUGUCAGUCCCCCUGUAGCAGCGCAGGAAGAGGUCCUUUUGUUUAAAGGGUGGAGGGUUACCAACAGUCUGUAAGAGCUGGCAGCGGAUCCAAGGAUGUGAAUGCUCAGCAUGUGACUGUGUGUGCGUGUGUGUGUACCUGUCGGUUGAAUGGAGAGUCAAAGCAGCAAAGCUAGAAAUUAAAUGAAACGCUCACAUUGUAACACUGAAUUAUUAUUAAUAGAUGACAAAUCUGGGUAAGUUUAGGUAAAAUGACAGAUUUCUGAGGCUCUGCUGGAAAAGUGUACAGGUGUAUGUAGAAGGGACUAGAAGUGACUACAGAUACUUUACAGAACAAACAUCUAAACGUAAAUUAUGAUUUUUCUUUAAACAAAAGCCAAAUCAUCUAUGAAUCGCUAAUAUAUAUUUUUUAAUUUCUAUGUGUUAUUUCAUUGUUAGACUUUUGGUACACUCAGAAAAUUGUUUUUCUUAUCGAUUCUCAUUGGGUUCUCAUUGACUCUGCUUAGAGUCAUCACCAUCACUAAUCAGCAUAUCAGAGACAUUACAAGUUAAACUCAUGCUGUGUGGCCGACACACAGCAUGAAUUUAACUUCAGUUUUCCCCACUGUUGUCAUUGUGUUGGGGUCAUUACUCAAAAAGUAAUGUUUACACAUAUUACACAAAACACUUCUUAAAAGUAAUGCAGUACGUUACUUAAUUAUAACCAGGAGAAAGUAAAUCAUUAAACUACUCGUUAUGUUACCUGACCCAUGUCUUUGGACUGUGGGAAAAGGCCAGAGUACUUUCACAGAACCCACGCAGACGCUUAAAGAAGAUGCAAACUCCACAUACAAAGGCCCUGACUAGAUGGCCAGGACCUUAUUUCUUACCAUGCCACUGUGCCACUGUGUUUUGCCAGGUCAACAUUUUAGGCUAAAACGUUUUUAAAUGCAUAGUUUGUGUUGAAGUAACACAAGUGACUCAAGUUAACUUUCUCCAAUAAAUCCAACUUAAGCAGAAUCUUUAAAACCAACAGUAGUGAGGUUUGUUUUUUAGAGCGCAAAAGGACAUCGGCUGCUGCAGUUUCUGGACCAUGCAUAUAAAAUAAAGGAAUAGUUUUAACAUGCAAAUUGAUGUAUUAUAAAAGUAGCAGGACCUGUGGUUGUGCACCCGUGUGUGUGUGUGUGUGUGUGUGUGUAUGUGAGCGUGUGCAUCCUGUGUCUGCCAGUUUGCUGCUGUUAUCAGCACAUUCCAGUGACAUGCUCUUUUUUCCAUGUAGCUGUUUUGUUUUUUCCUACAGCUCUUGAAUAUGAGAUCACAUGUAUCUCAGCGUAAAACUUUAACUAGUUUCUUAGAUCAAACACAAACAGAGGGCCUUUGGGAACAUUUGAGAUUAUCGUACUUUUCAAAGAGAUUUGUUUCAGUUUCCCUUCCCAGAAUUUCAACAGGUGGCUAAGUAGUUUUAACUCAGAGAAAAGCUGCUGAUGUCUGUUUUAACGAACAAAAGUCAACCUCUGUUGCUCCAUUCGAAAUAUAUUAAAGACAAAACUGUAUGCUUUACCUAAAUAAUUUAUUGUCUUUUUCUGUUGUUUUAUUAAA